CCCUCAGGUCCUACUUCCCGCAUCCGCUGCAGCUAUUGCUCCACCUCUCCUCUACAGUGAGGUGGUGCUAGAUAGUAUGGGGCACCCGGCCUCCUCACAGAAAAUGGCGAGGAUGCAGCGUCGGCGUCCGAAUACUGGAGCUCAUCCUCGCUGCUUUGAACUCCACCACUGCCGACGAUCUCUGACCAUGGCGGCGCAAGAACUGUCACUGCCACCGCCACCUUCACUUCCUCUUCUUCCACCGCUCUCUACCUCCACUACCCCUUGCCCCUACCCAUGCCUCUCAGCCUGGUCCAACCCCGGCCAGCGCGGCCGCCUCCGCGCGCGAGCUCCGCCCGAAGGCCUCAAAUCGAGCCCAACGACGGGCGCCCAGACUCGGUCACCCUCACCUCGCCUCCACCGCACCUCCCUCUCCGCAUCUCGAUCUCGCCUCCCGUGCCGCCUCUCGCCACCUGGCCAGAUCUCGCCCUCCCAGCACGGCAACCAUGGAUCCGUUCAUCCGCAGGAGGUGCUGGUCGUGAAGCAACAUCAAGAGGCGAAGGGGGACGCCAAGCUGAGGUCCUGGAAUUUCGUCCAUUUGGCGGCGGCCGGCCCACUCGGCUCCGGUGUCGUCGCCAUCGAAUCCGCGGCAAAGGGUGUUGCCGGCCCUGUCUACGAUUGCUUCCACCGUUUGUCCGUCCACACCCUUGCCUUAGUCGACCGCAAGAUUCUCCUCUACUAAAGGGUGUGCCUGGACAAGGUAACAAGAAUAACCAAGCAGCUUAAGGUAUUCUAAGAGGUAAGGGUCAUCUUGGCCUGUCCCUUUCCUUUAUGAGGUCCCUGUACAACUGCACUAAACAAAGAUUGGAUAUGGUUGCCCUUUUCAAUUUAGAAAUCAAUGUACGGUUCAUUCUUCACUGGAUUCAAUACAACUGCCUCUUACGUUUGGAUUUACUGGAUAUGUGUAGCUGCUCUUAAUUUAAUUGCACUGCUUAUGUGUCCCUUUCAUUACAAAUAUUCUUCUCACAUGGAUGGCUUCCUACAAUAUUGCUUACAAUGUUUGCUACUUAAACACAGUUGUGGCUUGCAAGCCGUCCACGUCGG